CAGUGUCCACGGAUCAGGGCUUGCAUCUUCCAGGGGUAGGGCGUCAGGCCGCCGCCGCUGGCGAGAAGGGCCCUAACCACGUUCUCGCCCACGGCAUCCAGGGGCCCCAAAAUACCUAGUUUUUAGCGUUUGGGGGGGCUCCGCCCCAAACCUCCCCGGAAAGAGGUAGUAGGCGAGAUUCGGGGGCUAUAUGCAGCCCCACGCGGCGGUUAUGCACCCCGGGAACGGCCCAAUCGUUCUCGCCUGAGGGCCUACAAUGGGGGCAGUUUCUUGCCACUCCCCGAAGAUGCAAUCCCUGCCACCAGGGUUGCACUGUACUAGCCAUUUUCUUAUAAUACGCGUAUUAAUACGCAGUACACAGCUUUCUAGUACAAUACACCAUAAUUCACUUAUAAUACGCCGGCGAGCAAGGGUUAGUACGUGCUAUAGUACGUCCCAUGCAGCCUAUGUCCGGUCCCAUUGCAAAUUUCGCUCUCCGUGUUCCUCCUUAGUAUCCUUCCCUGUAUCCUACUAUACAUGACCAUACUCGAGGCCGUUACAGCUCGCUAUGCUGUUGGAAACGCAUACUUGUUAUUAAAUGUCGAGAAAAGAGCGGAGUGACAACUGCGCAGCCUGUUUUGCCUACUGUUUGGCCAUCAAGUUUAUCCAUCCAGAGCUCCAUUGCGCGUAUCCAAUAGGGCAGGCUCGGUUCGCGCAUGGCAUCGGCCAUCGUGUCACUGAUAUCAGGCUUUUGGUUGUGAGCAACUACACACACAGAAUCAUAUUAUGCUUAAGACGUUGCCUAUGUUGCGUCUAUGUUGCCUCUCGCCACUGCACUGUGCCACCGACGCAUUGAAACGGAGUUCAAGGGCUGGCGGCUGCCGCCUCGCCGCCCCGCGCUGGGCGUGCAGAUGACCGGCGACCGCGCCUUCACGCUCAUCCCGGCGGACGCGCCGCUGCCCGCCGUGGGGCGGCAGGUGUUCACCACCGUGCACGACAACCAGGCCGAGAUCUGCGUGCUGGUGCUGCGGGGUGACGCGCCAGUGGCCAGCCGCAAUGCCGUCAUUGGCCAGUUCGACUUAACUGGCCUGCCGCCGGGCCCGCGCGGCUCAGCCCGCAUCGAGGUCACGUUCCAGGUGGACCCCAACAACGUGCUGUCCGCCAACGCCACCGACCUGGACGCCGGCCGCCAGGAGCAGUGGCUGCGGCAGGGCUCCAUGGUGGCCCGCAUCGCGCACAGCGACGGCGUCACGCCCGCGUGAGCUAGCCAACCACACGCACGCACGUAUGUAUGGGGCGUGCGGUAGAUAGGGGGCGGGGGUAGUGGCGGCUGCGACGCCAGGAGAAUGAGCCCCAGGCGGAGUGAUGGUGCUGCUGCGUACGUACGUAACACAGCGUGGUGAAUAAAGCAUGUAGCUGCACUUUAUGAACGUCAUAGUUAGAUAGCAUGCGGCGGCGGCGUGCGAAGCGGGGUGGCCGGCGGAUGGGGCUGUCGGCUGCGCACUGCCCGCCGACAGAGUGCGCCCCAGACGCCUGCUGCGUAGACCACUGGGUGGGUGGGUACUCGAUCGGGCACAUCACAUACGUUGAGUCCACAGUCGGAAACAAGCAGGUGGCGGGUCGUCGCCACAUACAUGCAUGGUUGAUUAUAGCGGGCAGGGAGCGAGGGCCAGCAGGGCGCGAUGGGACAGGGUACCAGUAGAAGGGCGCCAUGGGAUUGGCUUGGUGAGAAGUGCCCCGACAAGAGGCAGGCAAGAGCCGAGCGCAGGAGCAAGGAGCGUGCCUAUGCAGGCACAAUGUUCAGGAUACGUUGUAAAGUCAGGUGCGGUGGAAAAUCUAGACCACGGAGUAGACCACAUGGCUGCCUAAACAAGCGAAUCGGCACCACAACCUCGUUUGUCAGGCGGCGUAGUCAUCACAGGCAGCAGUCCUAACACUUGGCUGCAAGCGUGUGAGGGGCGCUCCAGAGUAUGUUCAUGUAUGUGCUGUAAUCUGGCGCCCCA